AGAAACAAAGGUGUGCUCACGUGCCCAACAGCGUCUCUCUAGCUCUCUAGCUACAGAGUUUCUCUAGCAAGAAGAGCAGAGCUGCGCCGACAGAGCGUAUAGAGAGGCAGUAGAUAGGAUGGCUAUCCAAGCGGCUCUCACGUUUUGGCGGGAGUUUUCCAUACAAGACUUUCAGAGAGAGUUGGACAGACAGGCGACGGAGAUAGCCAAGAAGCAGGAUGACUCGGAGACCUCCAGGAAAAAACUCAUCGAGCUGAGCAGAGAGUUCAAGAAGAACUCUUCCGAGGAGGUUCGUAGGAAGGUGUCCCCCCUCCUGAAGUCGUUCCAGGCCGAGAUUGACGCUCUCUCUCGCAGGAGUCAGGCCGCUGAGGCCGCCUUUCUCUCAGCCUACAAGAGAACCAUUGAGAUCCCU